AAAGCGCAUGUCUAAAUCCACUGUAGGCAUUUUUUUAGUAUUUUUGUUAAAAUACGAUCGAGUAGUAAACUCUAAAAUUUCACCCAAUUUGUUAAAAAUAAUAUUAUACCUCAAAACACAACAUAAGUGAAAAUAUUGAAUUCAAUUUUCAGAAAAAUGACCUCUUUAAAAUAUCUUUUACUUCUACUUUUCUUCACCAUUGAUCUAAUAAUCGGUAUCCCACCUACUACCAAAGAAAAACGGUCAAAGAUAAAUACAAUUAUUAAAAGAUUGAUAGAAGAAGUGGAACAAUCUGGAAUGCAAAAAAUAGCAUUAUAUUCUAUUCCUGGUGAUAAAGCAGAAAUGAGAAAGUUAGCCAAUGAAUGUCUCAAUCCAAACUCGAAUAUAUCGCCAUAUGAUAUUCACGUAAUGACAUACUGUCUCAAAACAAUGAUAGGGAAUUUGGAACCACCACUUAUCGAUAAAGGAACAUUCGAUCAACUUUCACAUGCCUUGGAAAUUGAAAAUUCGGAAGAAUUGAAAGAUAAAAUGAAAGAAAUAUUAUUCGACCUUCCGCAAGAAAUUCGUUACACUCUUGCUUAUUUAAUGAGACAUUUGAGAAAAGUAGUGAAACUACAGGAGAUAAACGGAAUGACACCGAAGAUGAUUGCUAAAGCGUUCAGAUUUCCUUUGAUGAAAAUUGAACUAGAUGGGCAAAAACAACGGGAAAUUAAUUUCAAAAUAGAGGAGAUCAUUAAGUAUCUUUUGGAAAUUCCAUCAAGUUUUUGGAAGACAUUGAUAAAUUAUGAAUCGACUAUAAGUAUAAAUAAAAAUAGUGAAUCCAGUGUUGAAAACUCAGAUGAAGCAGGAGAAAGUGAUUCUUUGGCAUCAAGUAAGAGCAAAGAGAAAAUUCCAAAUAAUCUAUCAAGUAACUUGAAGAAACAGUCGAAGGUGAAUACAAUUAUUAAAAGAGUGAUAGAGGAAGUGGAAAAAUCUGGAAUGCAAAAAGAAGGAUUAUACUCUAUUGAUAGUGAUAAAGCUGAAAUGAGAAAGUUGGCCAAUGAAUGUCUCAAUCCAAACUCGAAUAUAUCGCCAUAUGAUAUUCACGUAAUGACAUUCUGUCUCAAAGCAGUAAUAGGGAAUUUGGAACCACCACUUAUCGAUGAAGAAACAUUCAAUCAACUCUCAGAUGCCUUGAAAAUUGAAAAUUCGGAAGAAUUAAAAGAUAAAAUGAAAGAAAUAUUAUCCGACCUUCCGCAAGAAAUUCGUUACACUCUUGCUUAUUUAAUGAAACAUUUGAAAAAAGUAGUGAAACUACAGGAGAUAAACGGAAUGACUCCGAAGAUAAUUGCUAAAGCCUUUAGAUCUCCAUUGAUGAAAUUUGAUCAUGUUGAACAAGGACAACGGAAAAUUAAUUCCAAAAAAGAGGAGAUCAUUAUGAAACUUUUGGAAAUUCCAUCAAUAUUUUGGGAGAAAUUGAUAAAUUAUGAAUUGACUAAUAGUGAAUCCAAUAUUGAAAACUCAAAUGUACAAAAAGAAGGUGAUUCUUUGGCUUCAAAUAAGAUCGAAGAAAAAAUUCCAAAUACUCUAUCAAGUUACUUGAAGCAUCGGUCAAAGGAAAAUACAAUUAUUAAAAGACUAAUAGAAGAAGUGGAAAUAUCUGGAAUGCAAAACAGAGAAUUAUAUUCUAUUAAUGCUGAUGAAGAUGAAAUGCAAAAUUUGGUCAAUGAAUGUCUCAAUCCAAACUCGAAUAUAUCGACAUAUAGUAUUUACGUAAUUACAUACUGUCUCAAAACAGUAAUAGGGGGUAUGGAACCAUCACUUAUCGAUGAAGCAACGUACAGAAAAUUACUAGAUGCUACAAAAUUAAAAAGUUUGAAAGAAUCCGAAAAUAAAAUGUUAAAAAUAUUAUCUCAACUUCCGCAGGAUAUUCUAAAUAUUGUUGCUUAUUUAAUUAUACAUUUGGAAAAAGUAGUGGAACUGCACGAGAUAAACGAAAUGACAGAGGAGAAAAUUGCUUCAAUUUUUUCACUUAUUCUAAUGCAUUAUGAAGGUGAAGAAGGGUUGAUAGCUGAUACCGACAAAGAGAAGAUUAUUGAGAUACUUUUAAAAAUUCCAACAAGUUACUUGAAGGCAUUGAUAAAUUUUGAAUCAACCGAUACAUUCGCUCACCUUGCCAGAAACAAUAAGUUUACGGUACAUCCAAUUACAAAGCGAUUGAUAGAAGCAGUGGAAAAGUUUGGAUUACGACAAGAAGGAUUAUAUUAUGUCAAAGCUAAUUCAGCUGAUGUGCUAGAGUUGGCAAGAGAUUGUCUUGAUCCAAACAUGAAAAUAUUGCAAUAUGGUGUUCAUGUAAUUACAUCAUAUCUCAAAUCACUUUUACGAGAUUUGAGACCAUCACUUAUAGAUAAAGAAACUUUCUUAAAACUGCAAGCUGUCAUGAAAAUGAAAAAUUUCCAAGAAUCAAAAAAUAAAAUGUCGGAAAUAUUAUUCGAUCUUCCACAAGAUACUCGAAAUACUCUUGCUUAUUUAAUGAUACAUUUGCAAAGCGUAGUGAAACAAUAUGAGAUAAAUACAAUGACUGAUGUGGUGAUUGCUGCAGUCUUUGGACCGAUUUUGAUGCAUCUUGGUUAUGAUACUAUGGAAGAAAUGGUUUCAGAUCCAACAAAAAUAAAUAUUGUUCUGAUACUUUUAAAUAUUCCAUCAAGUUAUUGGGAGUCAUUAGUUAAUUAUGAAUCGACUAUCAAUGAAUCUACAAAUUCAGGGGAAGAAGAAGGUGCCUGGGGUGGUGCUCCUCGUCAAGAAUCUUCAGCUUCAAAUGAGGUUCCUGAAAAUCUCUUGAAUUCGAAUAUAGAUGAAGCAAUCAAUAGACUUUUUAAUCGAGGUAUAUCGUCAAAAUCAAAGGCUUUUGAAGAUUCCUUAAAAGCAAAUAAAGAUGACGACAUGGAAAGACUGUCUACUGCAGAUAAAUCAACAAAAAAGGAGAUAAAAUUUUAAACUUUAAAACUGUUGAAUAAGUUAAACUUAAUAACUAUAUUUUCCAGAAUUUUAAUUACCUAUCUAUUAUAUUAGGUAGAUAAAUCUAAGUUACAAUCUACAAGUACAUUGAUACCCGUGAGACAAAUCGAGCGACUGCCAAGGACGCUUUUUUGUAUUAAUUAAUAAUUCAACCAAGUAAAGUAAUUUUGUAAAAGCUUAUUUAGAUACUAUUAAGGCCCUUUAGAUUAUUCAUGACCUUAAUGAACCUUAUUUUGCAUUCCCACAUACAACUACGUUGAGUGUAAAAAUUGGGUUUUUAUAAUUCACUCUCAUUUCAGUAAAAAGUAAUAUAUAAUAAAUUAUAAAAUAAAUUACUCUUUUUUAUAAAUGUUUUUCUUAUUAAAACUGUCUUGGUUAAUUAAAAUUAUGGGAAAUAAAUUAAUAAUUG